AUGUUUGAGAUUGAUAAAUAUUUUUCGUUCCAGAUCUUUUUUAUAUUCCUAAGAGAAUCUUUGGAAAUCGUCAUUAUUAUUUCAAUAUUGUUGACGAUUGUGAAGCAAGCUGUAAUUGGAGUUGAAUUAUCCAAUCAGAAAGGGUAUGUGAAUGAUAGGUUAACUGUCGAGGAGGAGGCAUUUUUAGAUCGCAUUGGGGAUUUAGAUAAUCCGGAGUCUUUGUCGACUCGCGUUAGUAAUCAUCAGUUGUAUCAGAGGCUCAAGGUUCAAAUAUUUGCUGGUGGCGCUUUAGGGUUAUUCUGCUGUAUGGUAAUAGGAGUUUUUUUUAUUAUGUUUUUCUAUUAUGUGGGAUCUGAUUUGUGGUCCGUUAGUGAGCAUUACUAUGAAGGUGUGCUUAGUAUAUUGGCCUCGAUUAUUAUCUCAGUGAUGGGUUUAUUUUUCCUACGAAUGGGGAGACUAAAGGAGACAUUUCGGAUUAAAUUGGCAUCCAUGAUAUAUUCUGAACAUGGUAAUGUUCAGAAUAUGACACACAAAGGGAAGGUUAAACUCAGUGAGAAAUAUGCAUUGUUCAUUUUGCCUUUUGUUACGUCACUAAGAGAGGGGUUAGAGGCUGUGAUUUUUGUUGGUGGGAUUGGAAUUGAUCAGCCAUUAACUUCUAUACCUCUUUCAAUGUUACUUGCUGUUGCAUCGAGUUUUAUGUUGGGAAACUUUUUUUUCAGGUCAUCAUGUUCGUUCUCUUUAAAUAUAUGUCUCAUAAUAGCCACCUGUUUCCUUUAUUUGAUAUCUGCUGGUUUGUUUUCUAAGGGAGUUUGGCAGUUUGAGCUACAAAGAUAUAUUGAUUUGUGUAAUGGCCAGGAUAUGUCAGAAGUGGGGAGCGGUCCUGGCUCUUAUGAUAUAUCGAAUUCUGUUUGGCAUGUCAACUGUUGUAAUGGUGAACGAGAUGGUCUUUGGAUGGUAUUUACUGCUCUUUUAGGUUGGACAAAUAGUGCGACGUAUGGUUCUGUUAUUAGCUACAUCGUUUACUGGUUAGUUGUUAUUGGCAUUCUUAAUUUGUUGAUGCUUGAGGAGCAGCAUGGCUAUAUACCUAUUAUACCCAUAAAGUGGCAGGAAUGCAGAAUCAGAAAAAGAUUGGAAUUGGCUAAAAAAGCGAAGGCUCUUAAGAUACAGCAACAGACACCUGCCUCCACAGAUUUGUUUGAACCUUCAGGGGCAUCUAAUGAGAGUGUAACUAGUGUUACACCCCUGCUUUUCACAUCUGAAAAUAAUAUGAAUUGA